UUUUCAUGUCUAAUAAAAAUCGAAAAUUUUAUGUAAGCAGAGAAAAACAUCAGGCUCCUAAAAUAUUAGUGCAUUUUGAUGAGAUCGCCAACUAUCGACAAUGUCAUGAAUUAACUAAGUACCAAAACGUGAUAUUUUAAUAUCAGUUCAACCGAUGUCAGUUGAAAUCGUAUUCGUUUUCUUUUAAAUGAUUUUGACAUUAAACAAUUUUAAGUUAUAUUUAAUUUAAAUUACGCAGCGAUAGAAAUUCUGGAACGUAUUAAUUUUACAAUGAUUGUGAAGUUUCCUGUACAAUGUUUACAUAAAAGAAGAAAAAAAAAUUUAGAAAGCAAUGAUUAGCAUGCAUCAUACAUGGAUUUCUGAUAUAAGAAAUGACCAUACGAAGAAAAUUAUGUGAGAAUGUUAUCCAGAUAGCUCUUUCUUUAAAUAAAUAUAAACAAAUUAUUCUGGAAAGAUGACAAAUAUUAUGAGAUAAUAAAAUAAUCAUGUUAACUAAUUUAUCAAAUGUGGAACUAAUCAACAUGGAUGGUUUUAUAUCAGUAAAUUCUGAUCCAAUUGAUAAUUUAUAUAUCGCUUUGAUACAAUGCUUUGGAAUAAUAUUAUGUGGGUAUAUUGCGGGAAGAUUUAAUGUUAUUACAAAAUUAGAGGCAAAUGGUUUAAAUACCUUUGUUGGUACUUUUGCUCUACCAUCUCUAAUUUUUACAUCAUUGGCUAAAUUAGACUUUACAUUGGUCAAUUGGAGAUUUUUAUUUGCAAUAUUACUUGCAAAAAGCUGUGUAUUUUUUAUUGUACUCGUGGUAUCAUUAUUGAUUAAAAAACCAUCAAAUUCUGGUCGUGCAGCUCUCUUUGCAAUAUUUACCACACAAAGCAAUGAUUUUGCCAUAGGUUACCCUAUGAUUGGUGCUAUUUAUCAAAAAACUCAUCCUGAAUAUGCUGCAUACUUGUAUCUCAUGGCUCCUAUAUCACUAGCUAUUUUAAAUCCUAUUGGUUUCAUAUUAUUAGAAAUUAGUAAACGCAAUUUAGAAGAAGAUAAACCUUGUUGGUCAAUGGUUUAUUCGGUUAUGAAAGGUGUUGCUUUAAAUCCAGUUUUAUUUAUGACCAUCUUAGGCAUUAUAGGAAAUUUAAUAUUUAGCCAUGUUAUACCACCUUUUCUUGCUGCUAUUCUCGAAGUACUUGGUAAUGCUUUUUCUGCUAGUGCCUUAUUUCUCCUGGGUUUAAUGAUGGUAGGAAAAGUACAUAAAUUAAAAGGUACAGCCUUAGUCAUACCAGGUAUACUGAUAUCAGUAAAAUUGCUAGUACUUCCACUUGUUAUUCGAGAAUCAAUUAUUUUGUUAAAUGCUGGUGAUAAUAUUACUGAUACCAGAAAUUUAAGUACAUAUGGAUUUCUUUAUGGUACAAUUCCAACAGCACCAGCACUUUUUAUAUUUACAUUGCGCUACAAUGUAGAAAUUGAUUUAAUAGCCUCAGCUAUGGUUGCUUGUACAUUUUUAUCUGCUCCACUAAUGUUUGUAUCAGCUAAAUUGGUUAGUGCUGUUGAUGCUGGCGUAACACCAGCCAGUUACGCUCAUCAACUCAGAGUUUUCUCUUUUGAUAUAAGUACUGUAUCUAUGGUAGCUUGUAUAUGGUUGCUAAUUUGUUUUCUUGGAGUGAGUCACAAGUAUAAAAGUGUAACACACAGAUAUACUCUCUGCCUUAUAAUUGCUCAGUUGAUUACUGCAAUUGGUGUUAUAAUUUGGACUAAACUUGAAGCAAAUACUACUGGAUCUAUUUUAUGGUAUAUCCAAUUUGUUUUAAUUUCAUUGGGUGUAUAUGGAAGUAGAAUAUGGACAGUUGCAAUAGCAGUAACUCUUCUUUUUUUGAAUUCACAUUCAUUAUCAUUUGUCCAAAAUAUGCAAAAAUGGCUACUUCUUAGUGGUUGUGGAAUAACAGCUUUGAUUGUAUCUUUAAUGUGUAUUUGCAUAAUGCCAAAGGAGCCAAUCGAAUUUGAAUUACAAAAUCCAAAUUUUCAACUUGGCAGGAGUCAAGCUGCAAUAUCUGUUGCCGUAUUGAUAUUUUGUUUUAUUGUAACAUUAGGCUGUUUAAUUCUACAACAAAGGUAUAAUUACAUCAGAAAUGAUUUAACUACAUAUAGUAGUACAAACAGCGAAGCAGAAAGAUCUAAUGUCAAUAAUGAUAAUAAUGGAAGGAAUGUUAUUGAUGUAGAAGAUAUUGUCUCUCAUUCAGGGAGUACUCCAAUCAUUAAUUGUGAAUUCCAAAAUGUUUGUCCCAAUUCAAUGUGUACUAUGGAUCGGAGUAAUACUUAUCCAUUUGAUUGUAAUCGAGAAGAAAAUGUAACUCCAAUGGAUUCAGAAGAUCCACAGAUAUUACGACAUAUGGUAUUCCUCAUCCUGCUUUUAUGUUCUAUGUUCAUUGGUUUAUCAAUAUCUAUUAGUACAUUAAUUAUGGAUCAAAUGAUUGGUAUUUAUGCAGAAUUAGCAUUCUUAGAUAUUGCAUUAAAUUUUGGUCAAUCAUUAAUAGCUUUUGCAAUAUUUGGACUUGAUCCUGGUCUCAAUAAAUUGAGUUCUUGGUUACACCAACUUCUUCACAAAUUGCAUGGUGAAACAGAAUUACAAUUGCCUGAUGAAGAUGCAUUGAGUCCAGAAAUAAAAGCUAUUCGUGAACAGUUUAAUCGGUGUCAUUUAGCUGAAUGUAGGGCACGGAUAGCUAUAUGUCGAAGAAGAUUAUUAAAAAUAUAUCGAGGCGUUUUUACUGGUUGUGAUUUAGUAGAUUGGUUAUUAGAAGCUGGAUUAGCCCAAACUCGAGAAGAUGCUGUUCAUUAUGGUCGCUGUCUUUUAGAAAGUAGAAUACUGCAGCAUAUUGAUGGCACACAUCAUUUUUAUGAUAAAAAUUUGCUUUAUACAUUCAAUCCAUAGUAUGUUAGUACUAAUUAAUUUAGAAUAAUUUAGAAACUUUUUAGCUUCUAAAAAAGAAAAACGAAAUAUAAUUAAAGUGUCAAAUAAUUAUAUUACUCAUUGGCCUAAGUCUAAGGUCAGUUGGUACAUUCUUAGCACAUUCUGAAUUUUAUUCUUAUAGUCAUUAUUUAUACAAUAUAUUUGUAUAUUAUUGUUUAUUAUUUCGUAUUGCUCAAAGAUUUUCAUAUUCUGGUUCAAACCAAUAUAGACGGACUUCAUUAAGUCCAUACUAGUGUGGCUAUUGUAGGAAUUUAUUUAUUUAUGAUUAUUAUUAUUAUUAUAAUUAUUAUUAUUAUUUAUUGUUUCUCAAUCUUUUAAGCUGGUCUUGAAAGAAAGUGCAAGCCAUAGCCAUUCCUUUAAGAACUUGUUUAUGGUAUUUGUAGUAUCCAGAAUGAUAGCUUUCUGCAUAAUUUUGAAUAGAUUUGGAUUUAAUAUCAAAAUUUUUAUACUAUUUUAUUGUUAUUAUUAUCAUUACUAUAGCAUUAAACUUUAAUAACUCUGAUGUAUUUUAAUUUAUUUGAGUUUUUAUUAAUUAUUUUUAAUUUAUUUAUCACAUAGUAGACACCUCAAGACAAACAGUUUAUAUAUUUUUUCAUAUUUUUUUUGUGUAAA